GGUAGCUGGUUUCCUUCGGAAUCAUCACUGAUACAAUGUUGUGUCUUAGUAGCAGGGAUACUUGGCACUCUUGAAUAACUGUUAUUAAUAAAAGUGAGAGACUGAGCAUACAAUUUCAGUAUGAAUGCAGGUAUUCUUUUCAGAACAUAAAGCAGUCUAUAGGUACCUGACCAAAUUCUAGUGUAGGCGAUUACUUUCUGCCUCCAUUUGCUCUGUAGUCCCACAGACUGAAUCUGCACAACAUGCUAUCAGAGUACUGUGUUUCCACUGCUGCACUUCUAGCAGCACAAAAACAUGUGUUUUCUAAAUGCUUUUAAGCUCAUGGAGCUAUGAGUUGUAUAUGAGCUAAUUCCACUACAUGCGGAGGUGGCUUUUGUCUGUUUCAGCAGAUAAAAAGAGCCCAGGAUUUUAGACUUUAGGCUUGUAAGACAGCAGCUCCAGCUACAGUACUUGCACCUGAGGCUUGAAUUUUUAUUCCCAUUUUCAAUAUGGUGAAACAUGAAUGUCACAUGAAGAUAAAGGCAGUGUGUGACUUACACCUUCACAGAUAACCAGUUUGCAUUCUCAAGAACUGCUAAUUUAAAAAUGCAUAUGGUUAAGAAUGAACACCAGAGAAGUGCUGUUAUGGACAUCAUGUCAUGUUGGCUUCCUGUUUAAAAAACAUUAGGCUGGCAAUUUUCAAGGAACACCAAUAAAGUGAUGACCAGGUGCCAAGUGCCAGCUGUCCUUAUUUACCAGAUCGAACAAGAACUUGAUAAAGAAGAGGAAGAGAUGAUGGUUUUCCUGUGCCGAGACCUCGCUCCUGACUUGGCCACUGCAGACCUUAAAGAGCUCUUAGUGGCUCUGAAUGAGAGAGAGAAAUUAUCCUUUUUUGGCUUAUCAGAGCUGUUGUACAGAGUUAAGAGGUUUGACUUGCUGAGGAGGCACUUGAAGACUGAGAAAGCAACAGUGGAAGGUAACCUUGCCAGGAGUCUCAGACUUGUCCCUGAUUACAGGGUACUAAUGGUGGAGAUUAAUGAGGAUCUCGAAAAAGAAGAAGUGGGUUCUCUUGUUUUUCUACUCAGAGAAUACACUCCUCGCAUGAAAAUGGCAAAAGAUAAGAGUUUUCUAUCUCUUGUGAUUGACUUGGAGAAGCUAAAUUUGGUGGCUCCUAAUAAACUGGAUUUGAUAGAAGAUUGUUUUCGAACUAUUCGCCGGAUAGACCUGGUCAGGAAGAUUCAGAAGUACAAACAUGAAGCUUCCUUGUCCUCCAUUCAUUCUCAGCCAGUAUAUAUAAAUGCACUUCAGGCAUCUCUCCCUAAUCUCAAUCUGAUUGAUCCCCCUUAUAAUUCAGGCAUCCAGAAUGUGAACAAGGAAGAAUCACAGAUUGGACAAAGUCCUAUUCUGGCAGAGCCAGUCCGUAUGUCUAUUCAGGAAUCAGGACCAGUGUCACAUAAGGUGAAUGAAGACCAGUACAGAAUGCAAAGUCAGCCUUUAGGAAUAUGCCUGAUAAUAGACUGUAUUGGCAAUGAUACAGAUAUGUUGGAAGAGACUUUCAGAGGCUUAGGCUAUGACAUUCAUUGUCACAGAUACUUAAAUCUGAACACUAUGAAUCAAACAUUGCUUGAAGUUGCAAGGUUGCAGCAGCACAGAAAUUGUGACAGCUUCAUUUGCAUACUGGUCAGCCGUGGAAGUCCUCACAGCAUCUUCUGCACAGACCAUACCUGUUCUGGAUUCCCUUUGGAACAAAUAAAGAAAUACUUCACAGCAGACUCAUGUUCUGAACUCCUAGGAAAGCCAAAGCUUUUUUUUAUUCAGAGCUACAUUGUGCCAGAGAAUGAGCAAGAAUAUACUAGUCUUUUAGAAGUAGAUGGUAAUUAUGAGAAAACCAUUGCUAAUGUAAAAAUCCCUGCAAAAGUCACUAUCCCCCAAGUAGCAGAUGUCUUUUGGAGUCAGUGCAAGGUGGAUGUAUGUACACUAGAAAAAUCUCCAAGUUCAUCCUCAUAUUAUCUGCGUUGUCUGUCUGAACUACUCCGCAAUCCUCAUAAAAGGAAGCUGUCUAUAUUAGAUAUCCAUACAGAACUGAACAGAAGAGUCUAUGAAUGGAAUAAGACCACUGACCCAAGCCAACAAUACUCACUUCUGCUCCAGCACACACUGAGGAAGAAACUCUUUCUUUCUCCCACUUAACUGCUGUUGGAAAGGACAUGUCUGAAUUAGCCAAUAAGAAACACAAAAUAUGAUCCAGACAGUUUCACACAUACUUCAUGCAUUGCUAUUGCACAUAUACUUAAAUACCUACUGCUUCCAAACCCAGGGAUUUAGAAGCAUUUUGGUAUGUUAGGGCACUAGAUACAUUUCAAUACAUAAGGCAGCUAUGAUAGAGCACUGCCACAGAUCUUACAACCAAAUACAAGAGGUAAAGAGGGUGGAAAGAGCUCUGUAUAGCUAUUGCUUUUUACAGAGGGUUGUGUUUUUGUUUCAUUCAUUGUUUUUAGCAGUGCAUUGAUUUAGGUUCUUCUGUUGAUACUUAAAACAAAUGCAAGUCAGUGCAAAUCACUCAGAUUCACUGGGUACUUUGCCCAGCAACUACUAAUGGAAAAUAUGUCAGCAUUAGUAAGUUGUCAUUUGCUUGCCUCCACAGACUAGCAAAACAGAAGAAGAGUCUUGUAAAUAAUUUGGAUUCCACCUACCUGCUGCAUUAGAGGUGGUGUUUCACCCAGAACCCUGUGUUAUCACUACUGUCCACAGCACACUAGAGUUGUGUUAAGUCUCUGCCACAUUUUGUGCUGUUUUUCACUAAUACAAAGAUGAGUCUAUGUGUAGCCAGGGCUUUAUAGUGAUCUACCACAGAGUUUAAAAAAAAAGGUGAGACUUUGACAGAUGGGUUAUGGUAGCUGAAACACAAUUCACACUUUUUGCACUAGGCGUAGUUGUAGAAGUACACUUUGUCAUAUUUGAAUCUAGAUGUUGUGUAUCAGUCACUGGCUCUUAAGACUGGAUUAAAUAUAAUAAUGCUGUUGAAUUUUUUUUUUGUCAUUGAAUUUAUGGCAUUGUCUUCCCUCAUAAAGCUUGCAAACUUUUAAUACUAAUACAGUCUUCUGCCCAGGAAAAAACAAUUCAAGGCCUUGAUGUGGUAGUUUGGUUUCUGAUGUAGUUACACCAUGUAUCAUUCCGGCAUGCAUUCCACGCAAUCAAAAAUGAAAAGAGUUUUUGCUCGUACAGGCUAUGCUAGUUCCUUGAACAAAUACAGUUCAAAAACAUUUCUAGUACAGCUGCAUUUGGUUUGAGCAAAAAGCAGAUGUGCUUACACACCAAACUUCACCAACAAUGCUUGUUAUUGUAGACAAAGCUUAUCAGAAAGCUAGCCUAAUGAUGCUAUGUAUUGUAUACUAUCAGUAUACCUUAGCAUAUUGAUUGAUAAUUAGGAGGGUUUGGCCAGUAAACUUUCACGGUCAUGACUUUUUUUAACUCCUUGGUGUUAAUGUGCUUGGCUGUUGGCUUGACAUCAUCUGUAUGCACUGUCUUUUUUUAAACCAUGUUUAAGUUUUAUUCAGAAAACAAUGAAUUUUCAAAUAGUUUCUAUAACUGAAGGUAAAAAUACUUUUAUUUGGCAAAAAGUACAUAAUGAACUCUUAAGAAAUGCUUGAGAGUCCUUCCUUGUUACGUGAUACGCACUCAGUCUCUUCAUGGUGUAAGUUCUUAAACUACUGAUUGGUGAGGAUUGAUAAGAGGCUAUAAAGAGGAGAAACCCACUGAAUGAGUUUCAUGUCUUUAUCCAUAGAAAAUGUGGAUAUUGACAUAGAUAUUUAUAUUGAUUAUAGCAUUUUUAUAAUAUAUAAAGUACACUUCAUAUCAUUAUUCAAUCUUUACUCUUUUAAAAAUUGUAUUGUCUCGUUUGCAUGCUAACUCUAGCAAGUUACAGAGUUGUGAUGAGGAGAAAUUUUCCCACAAAAAUUACUUACAAAAUUACUUCCAAAAGUAAUUCACCUGUACUGCAAACCUGUGCGUUCCAUACUUGUCUCUUUCCACUUUGCAAGCUGUGGAAGUGUCUUCUUUCAUAUAAAAAUAUAUGGAAACUUUUCAAUAACUUUGAACUGGGAAAUGCAACCCAAAUUUGUAUAUUGACUUCUGAGUACCUGUGUUAUUUUUGCUACUGUAAUUCUAUGUAGGCACAGGCAUGAGAGGAAAAAUAAAAAAAAACAGAUGUUUUCUAAAAGCUCAUUUUUCAUGAGCACUACAGUGAAAAUAGCAAAUCUAAUUUCAUGAUGUUAAAGGUGUAGAAAAAAUUGCCAUUGUGGGACAAAUAGACAGGACAGGACUUCCUUUCAGUUUUCUGUUUUCUAAGAACGGGCCAAUUGAACUAGUUCUUUUCUGCAACUAGUGACAUGUUUCUUUUGGCUUUAAAAAUACAUCUUAAAAUCACAUUCAUAUGUUUUCCAUAUGUUGAAGUAGAGAACUGCACUGCAUCAACAGAAGGGUCUAUAUUCUACAUGAUAGGUAAUAAAAAUAGCAUUAAUUUAUAACCUUGAAUAUUAAUAACCAGUUAUCUUACAAUAAAUCUCAAAUGUAAUUUUGAAACUCUACCUUGCUUAUGUUUUAUAGAGUAAGAGAAGGAUGUAUUUGGAGUCUUAGAAGUUACUUCUUGUAGUGGCUGGUAAAUGAAACAAGUGAUGAAACAAGUAUGCUUUCUAUGGUUGUAGAAAUAAAAUGUGAUUCCUAGUUAUCAUAUGUGAUCAUAACAAAUGAUGCAAUGCUAAUAAAUAUCAUGUCUUUUACAAAUUAA